CGCACAAUAACGACCCGUAUCAUACAGAAUAAUACCGGUAUAGCGGUAUCAUCUUGUAACAGUUUCAAUCGAGCAGGUUUUUUGAAGAUUGUAUUUCUGAUUGAUCAAAUUAUUUGCUUCCAUAAUUUUGCAGCAUGAAUGAUACUGGAGGCCGGAGAUUGUGGAUUGGGAACCUAGAUGAAAGAAUAACCGAGUUCACCUUGCUGAAAAUAUUGCAAAAAUAUGGAAAGAUUGAGCAGUUUGAUUUCCUUUUUCACAAAUCUGGACCAAACCAAGGGAAGCCAAGGGGCUACUGUUUUGCAAGCUUUGAAAAUAGAACGGAUGCAGUACAUGCACUCCAUGCAUUGGAUGGUAAACUAGCUCUUGGGAAGAAACUGGCAGUAAAAUGGGCUCAUUCACAUAUAAAGGCCCCAAGUGAACCUGUGCCCCUUUCUAAACCAGAGAUUAAUCUACAUCCUGACAAAAUCCCAAGCAGCUUUGGAGGCCAGUCUACGAAGGUCCCUGAGGAGCCAACUGCCAAGAAAAAGCUGGUCAAUCAAAGUGUUGAAUCACAGAUCAGAGCAAUCGAAGGAAAAUUGCGAGAGAUGGACAGAUCAACUUCCAAAUCCACCUUCAAGCCAGUCCCAGUCUAUGCCACAAAGAAAGCUGAAGAACCAAAGGAAAUCAUCCAGAAAUGUUUACCAAGUCUGAUGUCACUUCCUGUGGAAGAUCCUUCGUCUACCUCCACCGACUCACCAACCACAACAAGCUUGCCAUCGUCGACAUCAGCGUCAGAUUCAAACUCAUCCAAAACUGAACUGGUAAAGCCUUCAUCGGCGCCAUCUUCACAAUCAGAGUCACAAUUGAACUCAUCAUCUAAGACACUGCCCAAGAUUUCUUCGGCCAUAGUUAAAUCCCCUGUGACGUCCACCGGUAAGAUUAAAUCUUCAGGAAGACCAAAGCCUUAUGACAAAAGGUGACAAACUAAGGUUUGGAUUGACUUUUGAAACCACUGCUACCUGAACUCUUCAUGUAUUAUCUCUUCUGCUCACUUUGUCAGACCACCUACAUGUACAUGUAUGUUGACCUUGAGGAUGUAUAGAUAAUAACUCAAAUUCAAUAUUUCUUUCAAAGUAAAUUCCAAUUUCUUUUUAUUUAAAAUAACACUUAAUUCUGUAUUUUAAUCCAAAGAAAUUUUGCCAUGCUUAAUAAUAAUUUUGUUAAUGACAUCUGAGUUGUGUUUCUAAGGGGUGGAUCUGAGCACCUUUUUCAAUAGCUUUUUCAAUACUUACAUAGAAA